AUGGAGAAGAAGACCUGGACUCAGGCUCAGAGCUACUGCAGACAGCAUCACACCGACCUGGCCAGUGGACUCGAUCAGAUAUACAGUGAAGAGUUUAAGAAGCUGAAGAACUCUAAAGCCCCUAAGGUGAACUCGUGGAUCGGCCUGUUCAGAGACAGCUGGAGGUGGUCAGAUGGGAGUAACUUCUCCUUCAGAUACUGGGACAUGGACUCAUUUAAUGAUGGACUAAACAACAGGAAAUGUGCAACGACUCUGUUAGAGAGAUCAGGAAGAUGGAGCUCUGCUGGAUGUGACCAAAGAAAGCCUUUCUUCUGCUAUGAUG